AUGACUACGAAACCGCCAUGGAUGCUGGAUCUUGAAGGCCAAUACGACACAUACGACGACAUCUUCUCCUUUGACCAUCCAGAAGACGCUGUCGUAGAAAGAACUGAGGAGGCGCUUCGUACGUCUCCAGCCCGAUUUCUCAGCGAUAUGAGGAUCCUAUUCCGUAAUCGCGUUCGGUGUGGCACGAACCGAGAGCUAUGGGCCCACGUGGCCGCAUUGGACCUGUUCUUCAAGGAUAAUGGCCUGAACGAUGCUCUGGUUGAAUUGCUCAGCGAUGGAGACAUGUUCGACGAGCAUCCGCGAUAUAUUCAUAUACUACUCUGCGUGAUCAAGGAGGUGGUAGAUCUCAACACGAACGAAGUAUGCCAGCACAAGGACUACGACCCUUCGGCCGCCUUCCGCGGCUAUCAAGUCGUCAGCGUUGACUCCAGGAUCGCGCAGAUGUUGGCAGACAUGUGCUGCGCACUUUGGACGCAUAAAGACCAGAUGAUAGACAGGCAUACCAACGAUCAGUUUUUCGAACGAAGUGCGAAGCGUCUAUGCUACCACUUCUGGGACAUGACAAUCGGGUUUCGGUGGUCGAUUGUUCUCAACAGCCCCGGCUUCCACCGAGAAGGCCUGCUAGCAUUCCGUCGACUCCUGAUCCUCCUAUGGAUGCGCGAGUCACAAGCGGAUGAACCAACGUAUGAACUCCUGCUCUUGAUCCUCGGCGAAACGUUCUACAUAGAGCAUCCGCUGAAUCUGGACGUCAUGGGAGAUGCCGCUGUCGCCUUUCUGAAGAAGGAACUCUGCGACUGUUAUGAGCCGGCGGCUAUCCUAGAGCGAUUGGGCGGCACAUUCCGAUUCCGCGCGCCGGAUGAGUUUGAGGGGCAGAUGGCGCCGAAGAUUCUGUGGCUGGCUCAGAUCAUCCUCAUUCAACCUUGCGUCUUUCCGUACAUAGGGUCUAGUCGUGUGUUCGAGCAUAUGAUUGCUGCUAUCGACGAACACGCCGCGAGUACUGCUGUGGCGAGGGUGGGCUGGAAGUCACGGCGGUAUCUUCUGACCACUGUUGGGUCUGUCACGGGAGAAGCACCGUUCUCUCAAGGCGCAGAUCCGCUCAUUCGGCAGGGUGUCGUACGUCUGCUGGCUCGAUCUGCGAUGGACGCCGCGUACUCCUCAAACAUCUCGGCCACCGACAAUCAGAUGAGUUGGGACGUAUGGGUUGAUGCCGUCAAUCAAUACAUCGCAAUGAGCGGGGUGUUGCACUUCCGUCAGCAGACUGCACCGAAUAAGGACAACAAACCGAAGCGAUCCACGCUGCUCAAGCUCUUUGAGAAGGAGAUGCGCACGUUCUGGUACCCGACGCUUUUCGCUCUGCGCGCUGUACCGCAUUCAGAGCAGAAAGCGGCUUUGGUAGACGGGUGGUUCGACUUUGGGCGGUUGAUGGGGCUUGUAGAGAGCGAUGAGAGGGCGGUGUUCGAGCGGGAGAGGAAAAUGUAUUGCUCGUGGCGUGCGUGCGAGUAUCAUGUGCGUAAGGCGCAGAGUGGGAUGCGAGUGUGCGCGGGGUGCGGAGAGGUCAGGUAUUGCAGUAGACCAUGUCAGCAGAAAGAUUGGAAGGAGGGCAAACACAAAGACGUUUGCAAGAGGUUGAAAGAUGCGCCACACGUGCCACGCGCCACGACGUGA